AUGCUGGGAAGCCAAACAGAAGAACAAGGAGAUUGUUCAAAAUUCAAAGCAGGAAUCCCACAUUGUUGUAAGAAGGAUCCAACUGUAGUUGAUUUGUUACCAGGAACACCUUACAACCAACAGAUUGCAAAUUGUUGCAAAGGCGGUGUGUUGAGUUCAUGGGCUCAGGAUCCAAGCAAUGCCGUAAGUUCUUUUCAGGUUGUUGUUGGUUCUGCUGGAACAACUAAUAGAACCGUUACACUUCCAAGAAAUUUCACCCUCAGAGCACCUGGUCCUGGUUAUACUUGUGGUCCUGCAAAAAUCGUCAAACCGACUCAAUUUAUCACCAGUGACAAGAGGAGAGUCACACAAGCCUCGAUGACAUGGAAUGUUAUCUGCACUUAUUCUCAAAGACUUCAGUAG